AUGCCACGUAAGCUACGUAAGAAUAUACGUAAGAGGAAGAGAGCAUUGAAACAUCCAAUAGUAAAACUGACACCACAACAACAGUUGCAACAACAAAUAAUGAAUGACCCCACUAUGUUGCAACAAAUGUCAAGCAACCCUAUGCUUUUAAACCGAGUUAUUGGUGCACAGAGUGGAGGUUUAAGAGCGGCACUUUUAGCGAAAAUGGCAGGCUAUGGUGGAGCUGCAGACGGAACAGCCUAUAACCCUCAAAGUCAAAUGAAUUUGAGUUCACUCAAAAAUCAAAUAGCAGAUGUCAAAAAGUCAAACAUAGACAUACAGAAACAAAUAGGUGAAAACGAAAAGAAACUAGAAUAUGACAGACACACAAAGAA